AUGGGUCCCAAAAACUUUGCUUUGACUCGUGAAAAAGUGCGUGAAAAGGAAAAAAGAGAGCCCACUCAAUCAGAAAUGUUUGUUGAAACUCGAAAAGGAAAUAAAGGAAAGGAACUGGAUGUAGAAACUGGAAAAGUAAUUUCCCAACUUCAAGAAAUGGUUGAAAAGGAGGAAAGUGAUACAGAAGCUUUUAAAGUUGUUUUUGGAAAGGAGUGUCCAGGAAGGGUCUAUACAUUAAGGGACGAGUUUAAAGAUAAGAUUGAUAGAUUGCAAAAUGCUUUUAAGACCGUAAUAGAACAAUGCAAUCCUCAAAUUAAUAUAGAGUCAAUUGAAGAUUUGGUAGGAUUAUCUCAUGGAGAUGCUAAUAGUUCCCCAAAGGAUAUAAGACUGCAAAUGCAUUCAUCUACAUCAACUCAUGCUCCAUGUCAUGGAAAGAACGACGUAGAUGACAAAUUUCAAGAGGACGACAUAGAUCUAGAUGAUGAAUUUCAAGAGGACGAUAUAGAUGGUGAAUUUCAAGAGGACGGCGUAGAUGAAGAAUUUAUGGAGGAUGACAUAUCUAACGAAUAUCAAGAGGACGAUCUGGAUGAUUUACUCCUAGAAGACAAACUUGAGUGA